CCACCCUUAUCGCAGAAGAAACAACGGGCGAUAGAGGGAUUAAAUAUUGGAACAGCGAACAAGGUUUACCUUGAAUUUCCUCAUAGAUGGUGGCCGGAGGAUAAAGCCACCUUUGAUUUUAUCUGGCCAGAAAAAGUUAAAGAGGAAUUCUUGCAAACUUAUGGUCAAAGUAGCGAGUGGCUCUGUGACGUGUUCACGUUUUUCACUGUGGCUUAUAAGCCGAAUCUUUUAUGUGCUUGGAUAACUGGAAAAAACGCGAGACACAUAGAAACCUUAUCGGAUGUUGACGUAUACGACGGAUUGUAUUUAUUGUUAAAUAAAUCAUUUGGAGAACAUUACAAUGUUGUGAAACCAACGAGAAUAUUAAGAUCUAAAUGGUAUACCGAUGAACAUUUUCGAGGCUCGUAUAGUUUCCAAAGCAUGGUUUCCGAACAAAUGGAUGUAAAACCGAGAGAUCUGGCCGAACCAAUUAUGAGUGGAAAUAAACCUAUAAUUCUUUUCGCUGGAGAAGCUACGCACGAUCAUUAUUAUUCUACUGUACACGGCGCCGUGGAAACUGGUUUCCGCGAAGCUGAUAGACUAAUCAACUUUGAAAGGUAAGAUUAUGUCGAUUGAAAUUCAUUU